UCAAGUCACUGUCAUCACUCAUGUUCAUUCUCCAUCUGUUUCUCCUUCCUCUCUUUCUCUUCUUCCUCUGUCUCUGCUCUGUGUGGGUUUUGUGUUAUAGCCAAUUGCAUCCCUCAAUGCCAGAAUGGAGGAAUGUGCCUUAGGCCUCAGCUCUGUGUCUGCAAUCCUGGCUCAAAGGGGACGACAUGCGAACAGAAGACGGUGGCCACACACCCCUUUCCAGCCCUGCCCGGGAAUGGUCCCACCAACGGGCACACCUCUGGUAACUCAAAUGGACACACCAACGGACACAAUAUGGUACCUCAGCGGCCCAUACCUCAGCAAGUUCUUCCCAAUGGUUAUAACUCCGCCCCCCCUCCAUCCAACAUGGCCCAGAUGAAACUAAGUGUCAAGUCGGCCCCCCAGCUUGUAAGACCACAUUACAUCCAACAGCACAUCCAACAACAGAUCCGGCCGAUGCACCCAGGUCAGAGCCAUCAGUAUGUUAUAAAGCCCAAAUACUACCACACACACACCACACACACACAGGCGCACGUCCAAUCCCAACCCGAGAGGCCGAUCCCCCUGACAGUGGCACACAACCCCAUCCAUGUGGGCAACCAUACAGGAAGGAUCAAGGUGGUCUUCACACCAACCAUCUGCAAAUUAACCUGCAUAGGAGGCAGAUGUCAUAACAACUGCGAGCUGGGAAACACCACCACCAUCAUCAGUGAGAACGGCCACGCUACAGACACACUGACAGCACCCAACUUCAGAGUAGUGGUGUGUCACCUGCCGUGUAUAAAUGGUGGGAAGUGCAGCACCAGGGACAAGUGUCAGUGCCCUCCCAACUUCACUGGAAAGUUCUGUCAGAUGCCUGUUCAGAACGGACACCAGCAGCACCAGCAGACGUCAGGCGGCUACAGACAAACUCAGGUCCACUCCACACAUACACUGCCUCUGACCUACAGCAACGGCCAGAAUCCCGUGUUCAACCCCAGCAUCGUCAACAUCCACAUCAAACAUCCUCCAGAGGCCUCUGUCCAGGUCCACCAGGUGUCCCAGCUGGAUAACUACCACAACAACGGGCAACAGCUGAAAGGUUCCCAGUCAGGCUCCUCUUCAUCCACCAGUUACACCUAUCACCACACAGAGAGCAGCCAGAAGAUCCAGCACCACGGCUACAACAUAGUUUAUCCCAGCCAGCAUGGCUACCAGCUCCCCCAGUACCAGCCUGUCACCUCCAAGAACACUCUGGGUCGCUGCUUCCAGGAGACAGCAGGGAGUCAGUGUGGGAAGGCUCUGCCAGGUCUCACUAAGCAGGAACAGUGCUGUGGGACCAUUGGGACGUCCUGGGGUUUCCACAAAUGCCAGAAUUGUCCAAAGAAACCAUCUAUUCCUCUGAUAGAUUGUCCUCAGGGUUACAAGCGAAUCAACAGCACUCAUUGCCAAGGUAAGAGCUCUAUCUCUUCUUUUAUGAAACUAGUGAAGUUUACCAAUGUGUUCUUAUGUUCCUUCUCCACAGAUGUGAAUGAGUGUGAAUUGCUGAGCAGUGUGUGUGGAGAGGCCCAGUGUGUCAACGUUGAUGGUUCCUUCCUCUGCAUGUGUCCCAGCGGCCAGGACUAUAACGUCAUGAUCGCCAAGUGUGAGCCAGUUCCCACAGUGUCAUCAGUGGAGCGUAAAGAGUGCUAUUAUCGUCUCAACGAUGAGAACCUGUGUGAGAGUGUGCUGAUCAGCCAUGUCACCCUGCAGGAGUGCUGCUGCACACUGGGAGCCGGAUGGGGUGACAACUGUGAGGUGCAUCCCUGUCCUGUCAAUGGCACAGACCACUUCAAUGAGAUGUGUCCAUCUGGAAGAGGUUUUCUUCCCAAUGGAGACUUACUGUAUGGAGUACCCACAUCUGACAGCUACAAAGGUAAGACUAAGCUACUUCUACACAACUUAAUAUCAAACAUAAAUCACACAACUGAAUCGUUUGUGUUUUAUAGAACACUGUUGGUGAAGACAAAAGAAGUUAAUUUUUUCUUUAACAUGUUGCUGUACUUAAUGCUUCUAGGUCUCACUUACAUAGAUGUUAGACAGUGAUGUUAUAAUGCCAAAGUUCCAAAGUGCUGUUGGUAAAGUGCAGUUCCUUUGAGUUAGAGUAUUACACCUAUUUUGCAUCACAUCUGUUCUCCCGUACCUUUUUUGUAGACACUUUUGAUUCAGUUGUCUUCUGCAUUAUAGGAUUUAUAAAAAUAUGUAAAACUGUUUUAUGACAGCUUUUGUUGGUAGCUUUUAUCCAGAGUAUAAGCACAAAAAAUAAUUCUGGACUGUAUUAGAGCCAGUUGAUCAUGCAGUUCAAUAUAUUGCAGAUAUAGUAUCUGUAUCAGUGUAUGUUGGCCAAUAAGUAGGUUUGAGCUUAUUUACAACAGUGUCACCAGUUUGUCCACCAGAGACCACUGACAAGCUGAUUUUCACACAACAAAAUGUGCUGCUCAGUACACAGAAAUAUAAAUCUAAGGGAUGUGAAUCAAGAUUGUAGUUUUUACCUUACUAAAGAUAGUAAUUACUAUCUGUUGAUAUACUACUGUUAGGUUCUUUGAACUCACAUAUAUUGAUGUCAGUAUUAGUCCCAAACGUCCAGUAUCCAUUGGGCUAUCGUCGAAACUCAACUGAAAUGUGUACUAAACAUUUUCACAGUGGAAAAAAAAAAUGGUAUCCAUGGCAUGCACUACUUUCUGCUAACCGUCCCAUAAUGCAAUUAUCACAUUUUAUAGAUGCAAAAAUCACGAUAAGGGUCCAGCUUAUGGGUCCAUGGAUGAUGCCAUCAUUUGAAUAUUCAAUCCCGAUUGCACAGUCCCGGUGGCGACUGUGGCUAAGGGGAUAGCAGGGUCGCCUUUCAAUCCCCGGCUCCGGCUCU